AUGGAGAAGACACAGUAUGAGCUCCAGUGUGACAUUAAGAACAUCGCUCCUGUUCAGUAUCUCACUGUGAGGUGGUACAAAGGACAGACUCUAGUGGACAGUCAAACAUUUACUGAUGACUCCAAGGCUCCAGUGAAUGUUUCUACUACACACCUGAUCACUCCCAGUAGAGCUGAUCAUGGAGCUCAGUACAGGUGUGAAGCAGAGCUGGACCUGGGAGCAGAAGGACCACAACCUCCUCCUGUAGAGAUGUCAGAGACUCUUAACAUCACAGUACACUAUGCACCUGUCAUCAAUACAGCCAAGUUGCCUUCAGUGGUACCGGUCAUCAGAGGGUAUUCGGAAAACCUUAUCUGUGAAGCAGACGGAAACCCAGCACCAGAAAUUGUGUGGAUGCGUGACAACAAAAUCAUUGUUAAUGACAGCAACCUUGUGAUUACAAACGCGAGAGCUGAAAGCGUAGGGUUUUACAUCUGCAACGCCUCAAAUAUGCACGGCAGCAAUAGCACAACAGUGAAAGUGGUAUUGAAAGAGAACUACCUGCCGCUCAUAGCAGGAUUUGUGGCAAUCAUGGUAGCGGUCAUCAUAGUUGGCUUCACCAUCAUUUUCUCCAGCUACUACAAAAACACCAAGAUGGGCCAUUACAGCCUGAAGAAUGCCAAACCCAACCCGCAAAAUGAUGUUCAUCCCCUGGAGCUAAACCCACCCAAGGUUGUGGUGAGAUUUGGGGAUCCUAUGUCAGUGAACUGCAGCACCUCCACUAAACGUUAUGGCAUGGGCUGGGAGGCCCCUGUGGGAGCUGUAGACAUGAGGGAUGGCAUUAAUGUGAUCACCCGGACAGUUCCAGAGCUGACUGACUGAGACAUAGAGGCAAUAUGCUUCAUCAACACUGAAGAUGCACAGCACACCAAAGCUCUUUCAGUCAUUGUCUAUAAGACUCCAGACAGUGUGUCCAUCAGUUAUGUAAAUCACACAGGCCCAGUGAUGGAGAAGACACAGUAUGAGCUCCAGUGUGACAUUAAGAACAUCGCUCCUCUUCAGUAUCUCAUUGUGAGGUGGUACAAAGGACAGACUCUAGUGGACAGUCAAACAUUUACUGAUGACUUCAAGACUCCAGUGAAUGUUUCUGCUACACUCCUGAUCACUCCCAGUAGAGCAGAUGAUGGAGCUCAGUACUGGUGUGAGGCAGAGCUGGACCUGGGAGCAGAAGGACCUCAACCUCCUCCUACAGUACAGGCAAAGGCUCUAAAUGUUGAAGUGUGUUUGUCCUGUGGUAACCUGAAACUAAACCCACCCAAGGUUGUGGUGAGAUUUGGGGAUCCUGUGUCAGUGAACUGCAGCACCUCCACUAAACAUUAUGGCAUAGGCUGGGAGGCCCCUGUGGGAGCUGUAGACAUGAGGGACGAUGUUAAUGUGAUCACCUGGACAGUUCCAGAGCUGACUGACUGGGACAUGGAGGCAAUAUGCUUCAUCAACUCUGAUGAUGGACAGCACUCCAUAACUCUUCCAGUCAUUGUCUAUAAGACUCCAGACAGUGUGUCCAUCAGUUAUGUGAAUCACACAGGCCCAGUGAUGGAGAAGACACAGUAUGAGCUCCAGUGUGACAUUAAGAACAUCGCUCCUGUUCAGUAUCUCACUGUGAGGUGGUACAAAGGACAGACUCUAGUGGACAGUCAAACAUUUACUGAUGACUCCAGGACUCCAGUGAGUGUUUCUGCUCCACUCCUGAUCACUCCCAGUAGAGCUGAUGAUGGAGCUCAGUACAGGUGUGAGGCAGAGCUGGACCUGGGAGCAGAAGGACCUCAACCCCCACCUAAAGUACAAGCAGAGGCUCUAAAUGUUGAAGUGUGUUAUCCUCCCUCUAUAGUCUCCUUACCAAGUGAUGUAGAGGUCAUUGAACUAGGAGAUGCUGGAAUCACCCUUAAUUGCACAGCCAUAGGAAAUCCUGUACCUGUGUAUAGCUGGAACUCCACACUUUUGCAGGAGAAAACAGACCAACCAUCCAUUACCUCUGAAUCUCUCAGACCAGGGAGUUAUACCUGUUCUGCCUCCAACAAGCUAGGCAGAGUUUGGAAACACUUCAGUGUCAAACCCAAGCCAAGAGAUCGAAGCCGCACCACAUUUUGGGCUAUUGUUGGAUCCUUCUUGGCUUUAGCCGUGCUAAUGUUUGUCAUCUAUUUUGUCAAGGAGUACGGAUUCCCAAAUUCCGUCAUCUGAUCGAAUUGUCGAAAGUGCCUUUCAUUUUGCUGCAGACACGUGAGGCUUCCUCUCCCUGAAUGUAUGAUAUAAGCGUUGCAGAUUUUUCUCUUCCUUGGCUCUUCAAUGCAUGGCUUGUUUUGAUCCAGAUUUUAUUUGACUCUCUCAUUCAUUUCAUGAGGGUACCACAGAAUGAGAUGGUGUGGAGUUUUGGUGGAGGUGUUUGUGAAGGUGAGGAUUAUAGUAUGAAUUACAAUAUGGUAAGAGCACUGUCAUUUUAAUAACUGAUCAUUAAUUCACUGACGUUUUUUUACUUCAAAUUGUAUGAUAAUGAUGC